AUGCAAUAUACUGUUGGUUUUAUUCUCCUUGUUGUACUAAUUUUUCAUUGUAUUGACAAAACUUAUGGCCAUGGCUACUUAGCUGACCCACCGGCGCGUAGUUCAGCUUGGUUAAUGGAUCGUGAUUUUCGAGCAUGUUGCACAUAUUAUGAGCAUACACAAAUGUUUUGCGGAGGAAUUAAUCAUCAAUGGAGUGUUAAUGGAGGCAAAUGCUCAAUAUGUGGCGAAGCUUACGAUCAAAAAACUAAACUAUUUGAUAAAGGUGGUGAAAAAUAUUUGGGUAAAAUUGUUCGAACCUAUACUCAAGGCUCUGUAAUAUCUGUAACCGUUAUUUUAACAGCAAAUCAUUUGGGCCUAUUCGAAUUCCGUGUAUGUAGCAUUGAUGAUGAUUCGAGUAAAGAUGCUACACAAAGUUGUCUUGAUUUGAACGUCUUGAACACGACAGACGGAUUAACACAAUAUCGAAUUCCUUCAAGUCUUUCUACUGUACAACUUCAGCUUAGAUUACCAGCUCAACUUGUAUGUAAACAUUGUGUAUUUCAAUGGAAAUAUCAAACGGGGAACAGUUGGGGAGUAUCGAACGGCAGAGGUUGUCUUGGUUGUGGAAAAGAAAAUGAAGAGUUUUAUGGAUGUUCAGAUGUUGCCAUUAUUGGUCGAGAUGAAUCAAUUGUUAGUUCAACAACAGUAGCAAUAGCGAGUAAUUUUACUACUGCGAGAGAAACAGAUACCAUAGCAAGUACUACUACUACGACGACGACGACGAAAGAUAUGAUGACAGAAUCUCUUAACUGUACAUCGAUAAUUAAGUUUAGUCGAUCAUUUGAUAUUAGUGUUGUUAUGGAAAAAUACUGUGAAACCGUUUGUGCAAAUAAUUGUUCUUUGGAGAAGAAAAUUGGUGAUGAGAAGCUUUACAAUAGUUGCGCAGAGUCAUGUAAUAAGUUAUGUGUUUGUCAGUAA